AUGGCUCCCCAGAACGUGUUCUCCAUGUUCCGUCAGUCUCAGGUGCAGGAGUUCAAGGAAGCCUUCGCCCUCAUCGACGUCAACAGGGACGGCGUCAUCGAAAUAGACGACCUGAAGAGCAUCUACGGCAACCUGGGCAAAGUACCCGCCGACUCCGAGCUGAAGGAGAUGUUGAAGGAAGCCCCUGGUCCCCUGAACUUCACCACCUUCCUCAACCUGUUCGGGGAGAAGAUGGGAGGGACGGACGGCGAGGAGACCAUCCGUAGCGCCUUCGCCAUGUUUGACGAGGAGGGCAAGGGCGUGCUGCCCGAGGAGUACAUCAAGGAUCUCCUGGAGAACAUGGGAGACAACUUCACGAAGGAGGAGAUCAAACAGACGUGGAAGGAGGCCCCUAUUUGCAAGGGCAUGUUCAACUACGUGGCCUUCACCGCCAAGGUCAAGGGCAAACAGGAUGACGAGGAAAUGGCCAAGGCUUAAACGCCUGGACUGAUGGACUCUGUAGUGUAAAGUAUUUCUUGAUAUGUGUUUUAUUUAUGACUGAUUGUCUUCGGACAUCGCCCCGGACAACAUUGUGAUAGAGUGACUUGUGCCAACUGAGAGCAGCUACUGUUUCUAUUUAUUCUGUGUGUGGACAGCUCAACAUUACACCACUUCAUACAUUUUGACAAUUCUAUAAUUGGUGAGCAAGACAAUAAAUUAACAUUUCUUUAUAUGUGUCAUAUUUGUGAAUGAUUGUCCUCGUGCAACGCCCUGGUCACCACUGUGAUAGCAUAACUUACAACAUCUACAGGAGACAGGUUCACAGAUGUGUCCAUGUGUAGGUUGCGCAGGAUUCUGGCAGUGGACACGUGACACAUCUAUGGUGUUCCCAUGUUUUUACAGAAACCUUAAUCUGUCUAUCGAUGUUUUCCGAAUAUAUGAUAUUACUGUGCAGGUAGAUUGUUUUGGUAGUAAA